UGUUUGCUCUCUCCUACUCGGCCGCGUGCUCGUCGGCCAAUUGCGAGUGUAAUUGUCUCAGUCUGAUUAAUUAGAGCUCAUACUGUACCUUGCUGCGCCUCCCACGUGGUUAUGAUUUCUGGCUGUUUUAAACAUCUAAGACACAUUUAUUUUAUUAGCAAUCGUCACAGAAAUAAGAAAAGUUUUGCGAUGUACUUUAUCGCCUAUUCCUACCAAAUAUCUAUUUCCAUAAUUAAAUAUGAACUGAAGUCAUUUAUUAAGUCCGCCAAAACAACAAUCAAGACGAAAAAAUAAAAACAGUAGGUGCAAGUAAAUACACAGUCAAUCAAAACCCUUUAUUGCGUUUAAAGAACGCAAACUAAACAGUAACAACUGAGAUUCAAAGAAUUCGAUCAGCAAACACUUGGCACAAUCGGCCGAAUCAGAAGCGAAAAACACUAUUGAACGUUUCAAUACCAUAAGGAAGUCCCGAGGGGCAAAUGCUAAUAGUGCCUCGCGCCUUGCCAAACAAAAUCACUUCGCGACCCGAAAAUUCGCACUUUCAAUGGGCAAUUGCACCCCCACCCUAGGCUCCGCCCCUUUCCCGACCCCGACGCGGCUCCGCGGCCUCAGUCAGUCGCGCUCGUCCGCUCGGGCAAGAUGGACGUAACCGAGGACCGAUUCUACGGCUCCCAGACGCCGGACCGGUCCGACACAAACAGUCCGCGAUCGCAGAUGAGCAGUCCGAACUCGACAUCCUCCAUAAACGUCACCGACCAGUCCAUGUCCAUGAGCCAGCACCAACAGAACCUGGAGACUCUGAACAGGAUGGGGAUGUUCUUUCACGCACAGCAGAUGCAUCUCAACCAAAGUUUCGACGUAGUGAAGACUAGGCUAGGUUUGACCCAAGUGCCCAACAUGAGCCAGGGGCCGCGGCACACGAUAGACGCGAUCCUGGGGCUGAACGGGAGUAGGCAGGGAGGGAGAGUGGCCAGUGAGUUCGAGCAGAGGAGAGAGGAGCGCGAGUGCGACGCCGUGCCCGUGUCGCCCGGCGCCGUCGAGAGUGCCGGCGAGGGCUCGUGCAACAGCAACGACGGCUUCCAGGCGCCCGCCGACGACAAGUCGGCCUCCGACGAGGAGGCGCCGCGCCCCGGCUCCGCCGCCGACAAGAAGAAGCACCGGCGGAACCGCACCACCUUCACCACCUACCAGCUGCACGAGCUGGAGCGCGCCUUCGAGAAGAGCCACUACCCCGACGUGUACUCGCGCGAGGAGCUCGCCAUGAAGGUCAACCUGCCCGAGGUGCGCGUGCAGGUGUGGUUCCAGAACCGGCGCGCCAAGUGGCGGCGCCAGGAGAAGAUGGAGGCGGCGCGGCUCGGGCUGUCGGAGUACGGCGCGCCCGUGCCGCGCCUGGCGGGGCUGGGCCUGCCCGUGGACCCCUGGCUGGCGCCGCCGCUGCUCUCGGCGCUGCCGGGCUUCCUCAGCCACCCGCCGUCCGGCUACCCGUCCUACCUCACGCCGCCCGCGCCCGCGCCGCCGCACGCGCCGCCCGCGCCGCCCGACCCGCGCUCCUCCUCCAUCGCCGCGCUGCGCCUCAAGGCCAAGGAGCACGUGGAGAGCAUCAGCAAGGGGCUGCAGAUGGUGUAGCGGGCCGGCGCACCGGGCGGGGCCGGGCGGGACCGACCACGCUAAAUAACAACUUCAACACUCCUAUUCAUUUAGUCCAAAAAAUAAGAUACUCUUGUACAAGCUCCCUGGAAGCUGAUAAUUCACAGGAACGCUGAAACAUUGAAAUGGAAUUGCGAAAAGCCUACACCGAUCCUUAGUGUCCUAAAAAUCAGUUUAUUUUUGGAUUCUGUUAUAUUAUAGAUACGCUCUUCUGAGAAAAGGUGAUUCUUUGUACUGAUGUAAAAAUAAUAGACAUAAAGAUCCGUAUCACAAACGAGCUUCACCCGUCUGUUUGAUGGAUGAAAAGUGUUUUACCUACAUUAUUAUGAGGUACAAGGGCAUAAUUUGCUUGAUAAACUAAAGAAUCGCCUUUUCUCCAAAACGGUAAAUGCUAGGAAACAUAAUUGUUUAAAUGAUUAUUGUAGUUUUAUAUUGCGAUGUAUAAUAAUUUAUGUCUUUAAUUUUACGUAUUUUUUUUACAAAAUCCAAAACAAAACCAUUUUCGCGAAGUUUGCCUUUGCAACCAUUUAUGUGCCUACACGCACGUGCACCUCGCACAUGCACAUGCACAUGCGAGGUGGCGAUGACAAGAUGCGCGUAACGUCAAAGUGGACGUUCACGGAAAGCUUCUUGAGAAUUUAUGUAAGAGUGAAUGUUUAUUUUGACUACUUUAUUUGAUUACUUUACCAAAACUAUUAUAAAUCUAAAACACUGCGAGAAUAUUUUAUUAUUUAGAUACUUGAAAAUUCCAAGAUAUCAAGCUAGAGAUAUAGAUAGGCUGUAUGUAAUAUGUCAAAACUGAUCAGUAUACUGGCAUAGCGACACUUGCCAGUCGUCUGUUCUCCGCUUCACCUUCUCCGGCUGUUGUAUUCAGUGUUGCCAACAGUAAAAUCAUUUCAACUUAGAAUAAUAAAAGCAUUCCUGCGAACUAUCGGCUCACAAUGCUACCUAUCAUGUGACAUAUUACUGCCUGCGCAGCCUCUCUGCGUCUCUGGUGCCACCUCUAUUCUUUGUAAGUGUAUAUAAGAAGCAUUCUUAUCGAUUGAUAUAUGGUUUUAAACAACAUAAUAUAGUAUGAUAGAAGAAGAUAAAGCAAUAAAUGUAUAUAGUGUGUAAUACUAAGUGAGUAGCUUAUAGCAAUGAGCCCCCGGUUCAUAUUGAUAAGUAGAUAUUAUGUCUAAGAAAUUUCCUGUCAGUAGACAGUGCGACAGUCGCACCGGAAUAGCGACAGUCGCGCUAUGUCUACGACGCGUGUCUUCAAGGCUCCACUUAAACUAAAAAUAUCCUUUCACCACUUCACAAAUUAUUUAUUUACAAUCAUCGUCUUCAUUAUUGCGUGAAAAGUUAUUUUUAAAGAUUGAAUUCGAAAUGUAACUUUAAGAGUAUUGUAAUGUAAAUAUUGUACUAUAAUUUAGGUAAAUAAAGAGAUAUAUAAAUGAAGUAAUUAACUUAGAUCUACAUUCCUAAUAUUUAAAUUAAAUGUAAUUAUGAAAAGGUCGCACUUCGUGCGCUCCUCGGACAGUAGAGUGGAAAGGUUCCACGGCCGUACGAACUGUUUGUUUCUAAUUUGACCGUCUGAUCUAAAUAUACCUACUCGUAAGAUCGCAGGAAAACUUGUGGGACAUGAUAAUGCAUAAUUAAUUUAUUAUGAAACACGGUUAACUCACGUGAAACAAUGUCGGAAUACGUCCGACAUGUUUCGAGCCCAUACGGGGCCCUUGGUCAUGAGUUGGUUCUUGCAACGCGGCGGCGUGCAUUGAGAGUGGCGUUGAGGGGUGGGGAGUGCAGGCUCCAUUAGACUCUUCGACAGUUCGUGAAUGUCAUCUUGAUUGCACCCGUCUUCUUGUAAGCAAACUAACACUAUCUUGUUCCAAGUCUGUUAUUUGCUACAUAGAAUGAAAUAGCGGUUUCGAAGCUGUCGGCAGCAACCAUCCAUGAUCACGAUUAAAAUUCGGGUGACGACUAAUUUUUAUUGCUUGACGUAUUCUAGGAAGUACUUCGUAUAUGAGUUUAGCCGUGUGUCAUAAUAAAUUAAUAUAAAUUACGUAUUAUCGGGAUAGUUUAAAUUCUAAAAAAAUAAUUGAUUUUCUCGCUACAACCAACGACACCGCGCGACAAUUUAGCCACUCGUGAGAAAUGACGCUCAACGUAUAUUUCUAUUGGAGCAGUCAUUAGCCGACGUUCAUAAUGAACAUCGACGAUUACGAUUCAUGGAUCCGUCAUUUGGCAAUGCCCUUUUUUCAUGAUUUUGAAAAUAUAAUAUUUUAUUUGUCUAUAGUAAGUCGUAACCAAUGGCAUGAACACGCAGCGUCGGCUCGCUUGUACAUAACCUCUGUAAAUAUUGUGUAACUUAUAAUUAAGGCUAUUUUAAUGAUUUGGGUAUUUCAAAGAAUAUCGUAAACAAUAUAAUUUAUCACUGAUGUAUAGAAUUUUUAUUAAAAUGUUUGCUCGUGGGA